GCCUCCCUGGAAGUUGUCCCGGGUGUUCGCUGCUGAAGCUCCGGGUCGAGAGGACGAGGUGCAGCUGCCGGGAGGAUUCUCUGCUGCUGUCGGCUCCCGGAGCCCAGCCCUUUCCUCUCGCAGCACAACCCAGUCCAGUUCCAGCUACCAACGCCUGUCCCUGCGGCGGACCCUAGCAUUACCAUGAAUCCUGCUGUCUUCCUAUCUUUACCCGACCUCAGAUGCUCCCUGCUGCUCCUGGUAUCUUGGAUUUUUACUCCUGUAACAACUGAAAUAACAAGUCUUGAUACAGAAAAUAUAGAUGAGAUUUUAAACAAUGCUGAUGUUGCUUUAGUAAAUUUUUAUGCUGACUGGUGUCGUUUCAGCCAGAUGUUGCAUCCAAUUUUUGAGGAAGCUUCUGAUGUCAUUAAGGAAGAAUAUCCAAACCAAAAUCAAGUAGUGUUUGCCAGAGUUGAUUGUGAUCAGCACUCUGAUAUAGCCCAGAGAUACAGGAUAAGCAAAUACCCAACCCUCAAAUUGUUUCGUAACGGGAUGAUGAUGAAGAGAGAAUACAGGGGUCAGCGAUCAGUGAAAGCACUUGCAGAUUACAUCAGGCAACAAAAAAGUGACCCCGUUCAAGAAAUGCAGAACUUAGAAGAAAUCACCACUCUUGAUCGCAGCAAAAGAAAUAUCAUUGGAUUUUUUGAACAAAAGGAUUCAGCUGACUAUAAAGUUUUUGAAAGGGUAGCAAGUAUUUUGCACGACGAUUGUGCCUUCCUUUCUGCAUUUGGGGAUGUUUCAAAACCAGAACGAUAUAGUGGAGACAAUGUAAUCUACAAGCCACCAGGGCGUUCUGCUCCUGAUAUGGUGUAUUUGGGAUCUAUGACAAAUUUUGACUUGACUUACAAUUGGAUUCAAGAUAAAUGUGUUCCUCUUGUCCGAGAAAUAACAUUUGAAAAUGGAGAGGAAUUGACAGAAGAAGGACUGCCUUUUCUCAUACUCUUCCACAUGAAAGAGGAUACAGAAAGUUUGGAAAUAUUCCAGAAUGAAGUCGCCCGGCAAUUAAUAAGUGAAAAAGGUACAAUAAACUUUUUACAUGCAGAUUGUGACAAAUUUAGACAUCCUCUUCUGCAUAUACAGAAAACUCCAGCAGAUUGCCCUGUUAUAGCUAUUGACAGCUUUAGGCACAUGUAUGUUUUUGGAGACUUUAAUGAUGUAUUAAUUCCUGGAAAACUGAAGCAGUUCGUAUUUGACUUACAUUCUGGAAAACUCCACAGAGAAUUCCAUCAUGGACCUGACCCAACUGAUAUAGCCCCAGGAGAGCAAGCCCAAGAUGUAGCAAGCAGUCCACCGGAGAGCUCCUUCCAGAAACUAGCACCCAGUGAAUAUAGGUAUACUUUAUUGAGGGAUCGAGAUGAGCUUUAAAAACUUGAAAAACAAUUUGCAAGCCUUGCAACAACAGCAUCAACUUAUGUGGUGGAAAUAGUAAACCUAUAUUUUCAUAAUUCUAUGUGUAUUUUUAUUUUGAAUAAACUGAAAGAAGUUUUGGGUUUUUAAUUUUUUUCUCCCCCUGACUCAAAAUGCAUUGUCAUUUAACAUAGCCUCUUUUCAAAAUCUGGUAGGGUUAAAUAAUAAUAAUAAUAAUAAAAACCAGAGGCCUAUCUUCACUUUGAAUCUGUCCUGUAAAAUUUUUAUAAAUCAAGUGAGAAAGGUGACAGAAACAUACCAUUAACUUGCACUACUAGGGUAGGGAGGACUUAGGGAUAUUUCCUGUGUAGUAUUUUGCCCUUCUUUCUUUUCUUUUCAUAAGAUCAAUUCUGUUGGUAUUUUCAUUAUCAUAUUUCUGAAAGUUAAAGAUACUUGAGAGGGGAAUAAAUUAAAAUUUUCACACUGUGUACUGUGUUUUACUGAUUAGUUGGAUAUUGCUUAUGGAAACUCCAUAGUGGUAUUUUUUGGAUUCUUAAUGUGUAAUUUAAACAUACUAUGAAGAGGAGGAGAGCCAUAAGCCAGAACAUUUGGCAGAAAUUGUCUUUAUGAAUUAAGGAAAAGAACAUGAAAAGUAUUAUUAAAUUUCUAUGUGUUUGUCUAAGAACUUGGCAUAUGGAUGGCAUUUAAAACUUUGAAUGAAUUAUACCUAAAUCUGGGAAAUGGAGAUACUAUUGGCAGAGCAAGUUACUAGUAUUGAUCUAGAAUAACUUUUAAGGCUUCUCCUACCAUGAGACUUCAAUUUCCAAGGAGAAAAACCAGCAGAAAAAUUGUAUUUCAAUAAUUCUCAACCUCCGUCUGUCUUUAGUGUUGUUAUAGUUGUAUAGAUCAAAAGCAAAGACAUUAAAGAACAUAUGUAUUUAAUUUUUUUCCCAUUGUAAAAUUGUUAGAGGACCCGCCCCCUCUAAAUUCCCUGAUUUCCCAGGCCUGCAGUAUACAGUCCGACAGUUCCAGUGCUAGGCCUCAAUACUGCCAGGGACUAAAACCAGAGGGAGAGGACCCUCAGUGUCAUAUCAGGAAUCCCAAUGCCAGAGGACAGACAGGUUCAAAAUUGGCUUUCCUCUAGGUCUGGGUUGGUGCUAUAGGCAAAGGGUCAUUUUAUACUUGGGGUACAAAUCAAUCCCAGUUUGGGAAAGAUUAUUUUUAAGCUUAAGAGGUUGACAUGUGCCAUUAUAUGUAGUAUGUAAUAUAUGUAACAUCUUCCAAUCCUUUUAAAAUAAAAUGAAUAUUUAUAAUGGAUAUUUAAUAAUUGUUAUUUUUAAAAAUACAGUUCUUAGUUACGCAUGGCUUAUCCAUUGUUUCAUUCAGAAUAUAAAUGUUAAGGUGAUAAGGGGCAUGUUUAGAGUAUUAUAUCAGAUUAUGGCUAUAAAAACAGGACAGAGCUUUCUAGAAGUUGGACCUUAGUUCUAUUCUCUUCAUUGCUUUUAUUUAAUAACUUGAAUGAAGUCAGAGUUGUGAUCUUCAAGUUGGAGAAUGGACCAAAUCUGAGAGGGUUACAGUGAAAACAAGUAUUCAAAAAGCUAACAUCCCAGACCAAAUGCAGCACAUGCAAUUAACUGGAAUACAUUUUUUAAAAUUCCAUUAAGUUUAUUGGUACAUUUUAGGUAUACAUCAUGAUCACAUUCAUCACUGGGAAUUUGUACCUGUACAUGAUAUAUCUAGGACUGGAAUACAUUUGUAAUCCUGUAAUUGGGUUUGAAAAAAAGUAAAGAUACUGCUCAAGUAUUAGGUUUCAGAGAGCUGGAUUAAGAGUAGUUACUAUGAAAAAGGCCUCAAGAAAUACAUGUUCAGUAUGAUCUAAGAUGAUAAAGUGAUCGUGUAAAAAGUGGGUGGAUUUUGAGGGUGCAUUAUUUAGUGGGAUUUAGGCUUCAGCCCUGCCAUUUUCAUUGUCUUCUCUAGACUUUGAAGCCGUUGAGGGCAGGAUACUGAAUUUUAUAUCUGAAUUUGUACCUAGUGUUUCUGGACACAUAGUAGUCAUCAUCAAAUGUUUAUUGAAUGAAUGAGAAGCAAAGUGACCUUUUUGUAUCCCUGAAGGUGCUAGGCAUUCAUCAGGAUUUGAUGCCCGGUUUUAUAAAAAGUCAUUAACAAGCUCAAGUGCAUUCCAUGAAAUGACAGCUUAGGAUAAAAGGUUUUAAAAUGAAAUGCUAAGGCUGUUUUGUUUAGAAAACACAUGGGUCUGACUGUAGUCUAGACAUGUGAAGGACUGGCAGUGUCUUUGUGGAUCCCAGAGUGAACUAUGAUUGGAGGAAGUCAUGGGGAAGCAGAUUUUAGUAGACGUUUAUUCAAGGAAUAUUUUUUGGUGUUAUAUAUGAUGAAGUAUACAAAGAUGAAUAAUGUAGAAUUUCCGCCUGAGAGUUGCUUACAGCCUUGUCAGGUAGAUGGAUAUGUGAACAAUAACUAAUAGGAGUUACAGAUGUAUGAUAGAAGAAAACAGAGGUUAAUGUGGCUGGCAUAAAAAAAGCAGUGAAUUCCAAAGAUUUCAUUGAGUUUAUUUUUAUGCUGAGUUUUAAGAAAAUGAAUCAGUGUUCUUCAAGGGAUCUGGCUGUAUAGAAUAAUCUGAGCAAAGGUAUAAAACAGCUAAGUGCAUUAAAGAAAAAUUCUUAAAGGAGGAUUAGUACAUUGAAGAUUGGGAGGAAAUGAGAAAAGAGGUUAGAGAAAAAAAAUAGAGCUGGUCACACAAGGCCUUGUUUGCCAAACUAAGGGGUUUAUACUGUAUAUUGUAGGUAGUAGAACCCCAUUAACAGAUCUUCAGCAGGGAAGUAUGUUCAUAUUUAGGUUUUAAAAAAUACUGUGGAAGUAGGUCUCAAUUUAAGACUUCCCUGAGAGUAUUCCAGUAGAAGUUGCUUCAGUUUACCCAGUCUUUCCUGGGCCUCAGGCUCCUCCGCUGUGCCAAAAGAGGAUGCAAGACUAGACAGGAAAACAUAAUUGAGUAGCAAAACCCGAGCUAGAAGCCAGCCUUUCUGCUUCUCUGCCAGCUCCCUUUUCCAGGUUUUCAAAGAUUGUUCCAGUCAUGAGAAUGGGACCAUUUAAAAAAGUGAAAACUUUCUUUAGAUAACAUUCUAAAAAGUUUCAAAAAGUCAAAUAAACCCAGAAAGACAGAAAACAGGCAUCUAGAAUGCCUCAGAGAACUCUGAUGAAGUCAGAUCGUCAAAUUGUCAGAUUGUCUAUGUGAAAGAAUGGGAAACUGGCAUGAUGAAAGCUACAAAGAAUAUCAUAAAAUAUAAAAGUAUUUGAAAUAGUAAAGCUGAGAAUGAGCUUAAAUUUGUAGAAAAUUCUAAAGUUGCCAAGAAAGCUUUUUUUUUAAAAAAACCUGUGUCAAGACAAAAAGAAUUUGGAUAAAGUAGUAUAAUGGAUUGACAAUCAGAAAAGACUGAAUAUUCAUUUUCUACUUUUUCUUUAACAAAGAGAUGCAGUAUGGUGGGGCAAAAAUUAAAUGAAAUUGAAGAGUGAGAAGGGAACAAAAUCGCUACAUUAUCUUCAGACCUACAUUUCUGUAUCCUAUAGAGCUAUUAGCAGUUGUAAAUGCUUUUUGUUAACAACUUCUGGGAAUUUUUGAGAAACCAUGAAGAAUAUAAGGUGACAGGAGACUGGAAGUAGCCAAAUAAGUAAUCCAGUUUUCAAAAUAAUAGCUUUUGCUAUUUUUCUAAAAUAAAACCUCAUGAACCAAACUGAAAUAUUAGUAGUCUGUAUUGAGGGGAAAGAGUUAAAUAGGUGUAAGGAACAAAGUAAUUACCAGUUUUUAUAAACAGUAUUUAAAGACGCUGAAGACAAUAAGUUGUGUCAGGACUUACGUUGUUUAAUGCUGAUAUAACUGAUUUAUGUGUUCAUUAAAACAGGUUGAAUAGGACCUCUGCUUAGUAACUGUUUUUUAGCUGUGUUUCAAUUUUUGUAUGUAUUUCCAAGUAAUAAAACUAUAUUUAUAAAAUA